AUGGCUGCCGUUUUCAAAGCCGUUACACCCCAUUUUAACGCGCUGGCUAGAGUGGGAUACUACGCCAUUAUUACCAAGACUGUAGACAGACGAAAAUUGCUACUACAUAAUGUCUACCGGGUAUUCAUAUCGAGUCUUGUGUUGUUGUAUAAUUUGUUACAUAUUAUAAGAGCUUUUCAGUCUCUGCACUGUGCCCAGAAACUGGUGGACACGUUGUUCAUACUGCUAACGACCCUCAACACCCUCGGCAAACAGCUCGCGUUCAACCUUCGUCAGCGGCGGGUUAACAGGAUCAUAACCACGUGGAAUGGUAACUUCAGCCUCAGCGGGUCGGCGCACCACGAGCGCGUCACCCAUAGCAACGCGGUGGUGAUGCGGCGGAUACUCUACCUGUACCAGUGCGCGUGCUUCCUCUGCGGCACUCUCUGGACGAUCUUCCCGCUCAUGAACCGCGCGAUUCACGGGGAGGCGGAGCUGACCGCCUACUUCCCUUAUGACACUAAUGUUACACCAGCGUUCGAAAUAACAGUAGUGGUGAUGAGCGUCCUGAUCACGGCGCAGGCCUACGGCAACGUGACCAUGGACUGUAUCGUCGUCACGUUCUACUCGCAAGCCCAGACGCAGUUCACUAUACUGCGGCACAAUCUGGAGCACCUCACCGAUAUUAAUAAAGUGGACUCGUUUGGCGGGGACCACUGUGACGUCAUACACGAGAGAUUCGUAAAAUGUGUUCGACAUUAUGAAAAAAUUGUCUGGUUUGUGAAGGAAGUGGAGUCCAUAUUCAGCGAAGCGAUGGCCGUGCAGUUCCUAGUGAUGGUGUGGGUUAUUUGUAUGACGCUGUAUAAAAUUGUCGAUCUGGAUAUACUGUCAAUGGAGUACAUAUCGAUGGUGACGUAUCUGAUGUGCAUGGCGGCGCAGCUCUUCAUAUACUGCUACUACGGCACGCAACUCAAAUAUGAGAGCUCGCGCGUGAACGAGGCUACAUACAGCAUGCGGUGGCGGAGCCUGCCGCCGCGCCUGCGCCGCGAGCUGCUGACGAUGAUGGAGCGCGGCAAGUGGCCGGUGGAGCCGCGCACCGCCUACAUCAUCCCGCACUCGCUCGAGACCUACAUCACCGUGCUGAGGUCCUCAUACGCAUUGUUUACAUUUUUAACCAGAAAAUAAUAAAAGGAGACA